AUGUCUGCCCAUCAAGGGAGGUCCGUGCCCAGCAUGCCCGUGCCAGCGGUGGCGCUGAGCUCCGGCAAGCCCAUGCCCCGGGUGGGCAUGGGCACGGCGACCGCGACGCUUGGCAAGGGUGAAGGGCACACUGGUGUGGUUCAGGCUAUCCUCCACGCCAUUGACGUCGGGUACCGCCACUUGGACACAGCCGCCGUGUAUGGCACGGAGGCCGCGCUCGGGGACGCUGUGGCUGAGGCCGUGCGCACCGGAAUGGUCGCGUCACGGGAUGAUCUCUAUGUCACGUCAAAGCUCUGGAUCGUCGAUGCGCACCCCGGCCGCGUCCAGCCGGCGCUGAGGAAGACUCUCCAACAUCUGCGAAUGGAGUACGUCGAUCUGUAUCUGAUUCACCACCCGGUGAGCAUGAGGCCACCAGCGGCUCCAGGAGGGCCGCUGCUGUUGAAGGAGGACCUGUUGCCGAUGGACAUGGAGGGUGUGUGGGAAGACAUGGAGGAGUGCCAGCAGCAAGGGCUGGCAAAGGCCAUAGGCGUCAGCAAUUUCAGCUGCAAGAAGCUAGACUACCUGCUCUCCUUUGCAAAGAUCCCUCCGGCGGUUAACCAGGUUGAGGUUCACCCUUAUUGCCGGCAGAACAAGUUGAGGGCGUUUUGCAAGGAGAAAGGAGUCCAACUUUGUGCCUACUCACCCCUGGGGGCCAAGGGCACACUAUGGGCUAACAACUCUGUCAUGAACUCUCCUGUUCUUCAGCAGAUCGCCCAGGACAGGGGUAAAACUGUUGCUCAGGUGUGCAUAAGGUGGGUGUAUGAGAUGGGCGACUGCGUCAUCACCAAGAGCUUCAAUGAGAGGAGGAUGCGAGAGAACCUUGGCAUCUUCGACUGGGAGCUCACCAACGAGGACCACCUCAAGAUCGGUGCCCUGCCAGAGUCCAGAGGAAACUAUGACUUCCUGGUCAGCGAAUCCGGGCCUUACAAAACCGCAAAGGACUUGUGGGACGGUGAGAUCGUUGCUGGCCAGUGUAAGCAAACGACGGAUGGCCUGACCAACUGA